AUGCGGACCAGGAAAUCCAACACGACAAAGCGCUACACAGUCGACGAGUACGUCUCCGGGGGCAGCGAGGCUAGUGGGGAGGAUGCAGAUGCACGUGUGGGCCCAUCCCGGCGGCAGAGAAAAGCCGACAAAAGAGACGGCAGCUUCGAUGGCGAUGAUGACCGCGAACAGAGCCCGGACCCUGACGCCGACGCCAUCGCCGCCUCUGAAUCAGAUGCGUUCGUCAAUGCCGACCCCGCACCUCAUGGUCGCAGCCAGCGCCAACAACGCCGCCGUCCCAAACCGGUAAAGGCGGUGGCAAAGAGCGUCGGCGGCGACGAGAAGGGUCAUGACGCAGCGAUAGCCUACCUCGACCUGGAGCCAUUCAUCGCGGAUACGCACGUACCUAGAGGCUACGCUGGCACGUUUGAACGGCAUCUUCGGGGAGCUGCACUGGCUGACACGUGGUACGGCCCGGAAGACUGUGACAUCGAGACGGCGCUACGGCUGGUCGAGCGGUGGCUUGACUGGCCGCUCCUGCCACCAAGGGAACCUGUCCCUGGACCCGACGCCGUUCCCGUCGACACAUGGGAGCAUGGAGCGUCAGAAAGGGAGGCUGAGCAUGCGCGACGAUGGUUAGAGCGCUGGAGCGCUGACCGGCCAGAGGGGUCUAUCCUGAGGCCGUUGGAUGAGCAAGAGUCCGCUCCGUACCAGCUGCGUCCGGGUACGUUGCCCGUUUUGAUGGGACCCCACAACGCACAGGGCGAGUUUCCCAUGGGACCCGGAACGUCGCGUCUCCUGUCGCACAUGGGUGUGCCCAUUGCCGAGAACGAGUGUGAGACGGCCGAUGCGUCGGGCUGGAUGUUGGACGCCGGCGGCAUCGUUCUCAGCCUCGAUUGGGCCCAUCACCAGUCAGUCGACUCCCCGCAGCACCUAGCUCUGGCAGUCAUCCCAUUUGGGGACCAGCAAAACUACAACUACCAAGAAGAAUCGUCCAAAUCAGACUUUCAAGCGUACGGGACCGUGCAGAUAUGGGAGUUCUGCGGGAAACAGGAAGGCGCCUACAUUUACCCGGCACCACAGCUGCCCAAGCUACUCAAGACUCUGUGUCUCGACUCCGGACGAGCAAGGCGUGUCAAAUGGGCGCCGUCGUAUCAGCACCUGGCCGUGCUCACAAACACGAGGGUCGAGCAGGCCAGCGUCUCGCUCCGGCUCCCGGGUGAUAUCAAGCCGACGGCCAUGACAUGGGUUGGACUGAACCGGCUGGCGGUGGGAUACUCGGACGGCUGUACGGUAUUGUGGUCCAUGCACCCAUGCUGCGUGCUCUCGCGACAAAUGACGCACCACAGCGCCAUAGUCGACAUGACGUCGGGGUACCCAACGUUUCCCUACCUAGUGGCCUCUGUCCCUGUGGGAGGCCACGUGAAGCUGGUGGACAUGCGCAAUCCAAGCUGCGAGACGACCGAGUUCCCGACGCUGAGCGUGAGCACGACGCCCAACCUGCUGUCGUGGAGCCACCACCUCAAGGGCUUCUUCGCCAUGAUGCCGUCGUCCAACGUGCUCAGCACCAUGGUCGGCUUCAUGCACCACGCCUACUUCCCCAUCCCGCGACGCACAUUUGCCAGCGACAGCUUCACCACCUGCCUCGACGUCGGGCGCACCCACCCUUUCCUCCUGGUGGGGUCAGCGGACGGGUCGCUCGCCGCCCUCAAUCCGCAGUUCGACCUGUUCCAGGUCCUCCAGGGUCGUCGUGAGUCCAGCGAUCGCAUCCGCAUCUUCCAGCACGAGCACCGUCCCGCAGAACAUUUCCCCGCGUCGUCAGGGGCUGCCCAGCGCGGCGUCUCCCGUAUACUGCACGGUUUCCUGCCGGAAAAGAACCGAAAGGCCAGAGUCGACGGGAAACGUGCGCCAGCCAAGCCUCCGCCUAAGAAGAAGAAGAGAGCCGAGGACGACGACGCGGGCGACCAGCAGGAUGGCGGUGGGGAUGAUAGUGAGGAGGCGGCCGGGUCGGUGGACCCAACUAGGGUGAUUGUCCACGAACCUGGAACGCGCAUCACGGCCGUGCAGUGGAAUCCAAACGAGGCGUAUGGAUGCUGGGCGGCGGCGGCUACGGCGUCGGGACUUGUCAAGAUCAUGGAUCUGGGUCUUGAUCGGGAAUAUGGGGACUGA